AUGAAACAAUCUCGCGAUAAUGGCGCCCAUUCAGGACCUUUCGUUCUCCGCUGGCGGGCUCCAUUGGUUAUGCUAUCGUCUCUGAUUGUGGGCGUGGCAUUUGCUGUGGGACAUCAUGCGUUCUACGCUUCCUUGGUCGGGACAUCGGUAUCUUCAAGCCCUAUCAAGCUCGUUGGCUGGACCACGACUCAACAACAGGUUAAUGUCGCAAUCGGCACGGCUCUUGCUUUCGGGUUCAAAGCCAGUCUCAUAUUGGCCUGUAGCACGGCCUAUAUGCAACUGGUGUUCGGCGCACUCAAUACAGAAACUUUCAAGCUGUCACAGCUGGACAAUUGGUUUGGGGGCCUUAACGACUUCUGGUCUCUCCUGUGUGUCGGCACCUAUUGGAGGUAUCCUCUGCUCACGCUAGUGGCAUUGACUUGUUGGUUGCUACCUCUGGCUGCGAUCAUUUCUCCUGCGUCACUCUCAGUGGUGUUUGAUCGUAUACAUCCGUCUCCCAGUCGAGAUGCGCUUGCGCCCCAACCAGCGUUCGACAGUCUGGCAUUGGCACAGUACGUCUUGAGUCCGAACGAAGCUGGGAAAUCCAUAGGCUGGAUUGGUCCAAGCGAUGAAGUGUCCCGCAUAGCCAUUGCGUCUGCAACACAAGGCAUCAUACUGCCAAUUGAACCACCGGGGACGAAUGCCACGUGGCAGGACACCAUUGUUGCUCCAAGACUUGCAUGCGAGGACACCAAUCUAGAUUUACAACGAGAGAUCAGGGACAAUCUGAUUGACUUCUACAAGAAUAUCACGAACAAUAUGGAUUGGGAUGGCUGGACUACGAUUAUGUUCGACUAUCUGGCUUGGAGCGCUUACUCGGACGACCUACUUCCCACGCCAUUCAAGAACGACAUCUACAAUGGCUGGACACUGCAGGAUGCCUUGAACAGCGAUGCAAGAGAUCCGUACAACAAUGGCAGAGCCACUGACAUAUUCUUUGCAAUCCUUCCUCGAGCCACGUGGGAGCUGCCGCCAUCGGACCAUGGAUUUUCGUUGACAGCAUCGUAUGAAAACAGGACCACCGAUCCUGAGGUCAAGGCUGAGAACCAAAGACUCCUCAUGGACUGGUAUUGGGAAGAAUCUACGAUGCUCCAUUGCAGAAUAUUGCCUACUGUCUAUACUCUCAACUUCACAUAUAGUGGUCCAAACCAGGCACAGCACAUUGACGUACUGGACAUGAAAGAUUCUGUUGAGCUUGACUCCAACAGCACAAGUGUGCAGGCAAAUGGCCCCUACUAUAGCUUUGUCAGCGAGAACCCCAGUACUGCCACAGUUCUGGCGGGCGCUGCUGUCGCUGCCACAAGAUCAAGUUCCCUGCCCGCCAGGUUCAGUACCAGUACGUCUGCCCCUACCAUAACGGCAAGAAGCACGAUUCCCGAUCGACCACUACGUCUCAAAGCCAGGUAUGCUGAGUGGAACGUCGAUGUGUCGAAUAUCACCCAGCUGGCCCAGCAUUCACUGCGACUUUCCUCAUGGGGUGCAAUACAGCAAGCCGCCAUGGGCCUGUUCUUGGGAGCAUCCAAAUCGCAAAGUGGGAACGCAGGGAGAGCGUUUAUCCACACAGGAUUUAGUGGUGCCAUAGGCUCGAUGAGCUUUGACACUCGGGCUUUCACCACUGCUCUCUCAGAAAGUCGAGAACUGGGACAGCUUGUUGGCCCUCCUCCUACGGCGGAAGACAUCACGAAUGCGACCUCAGGUCUAGCAUUCGACCAGGCCGCAAGUCUUCUGCCGAAUGUCACCAAGUCUGUCGCAAGACCAUUGAAGGUGGUGAUGGAAGAGAUGUACUUUAACAUUACGCUUUCAAUGGCGAGUAACAAAAACCAUCAGUACAAUCCUGAUAGUCCACUGGCCCCACCAACGACUCGAAUAACUGAGGUACUGUACGGCAACGUGUAUAGCUAUUCGAUGGAUAAGCUGUGGCUGGCAUACGGGAUCGCGAUUGGGAUCUCUGUGCUCAAUCUGAUUGUGGGCUUCGCUGCUCUGUUGCGGACCGGAGCUUCAUUCACAGAUAACUUCUCGACAAUUAUUCGGAUUGCCAGGAAUGCAACCAUCGAGGCUGACUUGUAUGAGGAGCACUUGCCUGGUAAAGAUUCCUUGCCCAAGCACAUGGCUGACGCUGAACUGCGAUUGCGCAAGAGUGAUCAAUUGCUUGAUCCCAAGCAUCACGGGCGCGUGACCGUUACUGAGCGACGCCCAUCGAGUGACCUGGGAAGCUGA